AUGCUUGCAAAACAAGUAUGGCGAAUCCUCACAAAUCCGGAUCUUUUGUUAACAAGAAUUCUUAGGUCCCGCUAUUUCCCAACCGGCGACAUCUGGACGGCAGAACUCGGUCCUCGGCCUUCAGCUACUUGGAGAAGCUUGGUUGUUGCUCGCCCAUUUGUUAGAACAGGGAGUCGUAUGAGGAUUGGAGAUGGCACUACAAUGUCUAUUUGGGGCAACCAUUCGUUAAUGGUCAAUGGGAAUGGACAGAUCUUUACGAAACGGCCGAGUCACUCUUUUCCUAAUACGGUUUCGGACUUGAUCAAGACAGGGACACGCACAUGGAAUAUGAAUAUGAUUAAAGACACCUUCUGGCCUAUCGACCAAGCCCGUAUUUUGGCGGUCCCCAUUGGCGGUUGCAACGUGAAAGACCGAAUCAUAUGGCAUCUCUCCAACACGGGUAAGUUUACUGUGAAAUCAUGUUAUCAUGCCAUUCACGCUAGCCUACCUCUAUUGGUCAUCGUUUGGAGAGUGGUCCGUAUUCGAAUUGUGACGAGCGCAAAAAGAUGUGGAGAAUGGUAUGGAACUUGA